AUGUACUGGAAAAAUGUAAGUAAUAUUAGAAAAAUAAACUCAAAAAGCAAGGUGCUACAAAAAGCCUCUACAGUAACUCAAUUGAUUACACUCCCUUCCCAAAUUGGUUCACUUUAUGUAUUAAAUUCUAACGACUUUGGAGUUUGUAACCCGACCUAAAAUUCAUUAUCGAUUUACUAAUAUAGUCCUACAGUUUAGCUCAAGUUUUAAUAAAAUAUAAAUUGUGUAUCGAUGGCUGGUAACACUUAUAUACUACUUACACCUCGUCUUAGAUACUUUUACAAAAUCCAUUUGGGUCAUAGGCAGCUUAAAGCUUACUAGAUUAUGUAUGCUGAUACUACUUCAAUUUAUUACAAUUCAGUACUUUACAAUAUUGAUAUACCAUAGGGUACUUGUGUUGGUGGACCUGUCUAAGGAGUUUAUUAUACAAGCAACAUUUUAGCCUUUGGAUGUGAAUAAACUAUUUUUUAUAUGUAAAAUUAAAUAAGUAAUACUCCUGGUUCAACAAUAACAAUUUCAAAUGUAGUUUUCUAAGCAAAUGUUCCUUAAUCGUUAACAAAAAUCCAUCCACUUCCAUAGACAAAGUAAAUAAUAACUCAAUCAUCAGAUAAUAAUUUGGGAUUUUAUAAAAUCGAUGAAGUCAACUAUUCUAUAACCUUUUAAUUUUUUAAAGCUCUUUAAAUAAGCCCUGAUUACAUCUAAAUAAUUAAUUUUAAUAUUGUGAUAAUCAGUAAUAAUAAACUGCAAAUUUAUGCUAUUGAUAAUUCUUCUGUCCCUUAGGAAACCAUCAAUAACCCAAAGUCUUCAAACUUCAUGAGUUUUUAUCCUGCUUAUAACGCUAAUUAUUUAAUUGCAUACGAUUAUAGCAACAAUGUCAUGAGAGUUGAUCUUUCUACUUCUUUUACUUGUUUUCCUAACUGUUUGACCUGCUUUGGUACCGCUUCUUACUAAUGUGGUUCUUGCGUAAAAGGAUAUUUUUAUAAUCCUACUGCAAGUAGUUGUAGUUAAUGUAAAGGUACAUGUUUAACUUGUACAUCUCUAACAACUUGCUAAACAUGCUAAGCAGGAUCAUACCUAAAUUCAUCAUCCACUUGUGUUAGCUGUAGCAUAGGUUGUAGUAGCUGUAAUUAAAGCGGGUGUUUAUAAUGCACUGAUAGUAAAGCAUCAGUUAAUUCAAGUAAGGUUUGUGUUUGUUAAAGUGGCUUUUAUUUAGAUUCUAAUGGUGUUUGUUAAGCUUGUAGCUUAGGAUGCAGUACUUGCAAUUAAAGUGGAUGUUUAUAAUGUAGUGAUAGCAAAGCCUCACCAGAUUCUAAUAAAGUUUGUGUAUGUCAGGAUGGCUUUUAUUUGGAUAGUAAUGGUGUUUGCUAAGCAUGUAAUGCAACUUGUAAAACGUGUAGUAAUAAGAAUGUAUGCACAUCUUGUGAUUCUUUGACUCAAUUUAGGGAAUUAGAUCUUCCAACAAAUACAUGCACUUGCUUAUCAGGAUAUACUCAGGUAGCAGGCUAGGUUAAUUGUUAAAAAUGUAUCAGUCCAUGCAUAGUAUGUACAUCUUUAUCAGCUUGCUAUACGUGUCAAAGUGGAUAUUAUCUGAAUUCAUCAUAUAGCUGUACUCCUUGUAGUGUAGGUUGUAGUAAUUGCAAUUCAAGUGGAUGUUUGUAAUGUAGUGAUAGCAAAGCCUCACCAAAUUCUAAUAAAGUUUGUGUAUGUCAGGAUGGCUUUUAUUUGGAUAGUAAUGGUGUUUGCUAAGCAUGUAAUGCAACUUGUAAAACGUGUAGUAAUAAGAAUGUAUGUACAUCUUGUGAUUCUUUGACUCAAUUUAGGGAAUUAGAUCUUCCAACAAAUACAUGCACUUGCUUAUCAGGAUAUACUCAGGUAGCAGGCUAGGUUAAUUGUUAAAAAUGUAUCAGUCCAUGCAUAGUAUGUACAUCUUUAUCAGCUUGUUAAACGUGUCAAAGUGGAUAUUAUCUGAAUUCAUCAUAGAGCUGUACUCCUUGUAGUGUAGGUUGUAGUAAUUGCAAUUCAAGUGGAUGCUUAUUAUGUAGUGAUAGUAAAGCUUAGCCUGAUUCAAAUAAAGUUUGUGUUUGCUAAAAUGGCUAUUAUUUAGACAGCAAUGGAGUCUGCAAAGCUUGUAGUAUAGGAUGUAGUAAAUGCAAUUCAAGUGGAUGCUUAUAAUGCAGUGAUAGUAAAGCUUAGCCUGAUUCAAAUAAAGUUUGUGUUUGCUAAAAUGGCUAUUAUUUAGACAGCAAUGGAGUCUGCAAAGCUUGUAGUAUAGGAUGUAGUAAAUGCAAUUAAAAUGGCUGCUUAUAAUGUAGUGAUAUAAAUGCUUAACCAAAUGCCAAUAAUCUUUGCAUUUGUAAAGAUGGUUAAUAUUUAGAUAAUAAUGGUAUUUGUUAAUCUUGUAAUUCAACUUGUUUAACAUGUAGUAAUAAAAAUGUUUGCACUUCAUGCAAUUCGCUUGUUUAAUUUAGAUAGUUGGACAGCUUAACUAGCACCUGCAUUUGCCAAUAAGGUUAUAGUGAAGUAGCUGGUUCAGAUAUUUGCAAGUAAAAUAAUUAACAGUGCUAAAUAUCGUAUUGCCAAAUUUGUUAAAAUACAAAUAUAUGCAUCUAAUGCUAAAAGUCUUACUAUAUUUUUCUUAAUACUUGUGUUUCUACUUGCCCGUAAGGUUAUGAACCUAACUAAAUCAAUUAAUGUAUUCUUGUGAUGAAAAUAUAUUAUUAAAUAACUGAAUUUGAAUCAAACAAAUUCUUUAUUUAAUUUGACUAAAAUUUAACAAAUAUUAACCAAUUUUCUAAAAAUGUUAAUGUUGAUGUAUUAUCAUUUAGUGGUAAAUAUAGUUUUUAAAGCUAAAUCAUUUCUGAUAAUACUAUUAUAGUAACGAUUUCUCCUAAUUCAGUCCCCUCUAGCUAGAAUUAUACAAUAUCCUUUAUGUUUGAUUAAAACUCAUAAUCUAAUUUAUUCAGCUAUACUCAAUAGGUUUCAGGAUUUCUAACUUAUUAAGCAAGUGGUACAACAGAGAAAGCUACAGAAGCAAUAGGCAAUGCUGCUGAAGUAGCUUCUAAGGCUACUAUAGCGUCAUUAUUACCUCUUGCUAUUUCAGGAAACUUUUAGUUUAUUGCUUCAGCUGUGGAUGUUUCUCAGCUUAUUUAUCUUAUGAACUUCAUUAAUUUAGACUUCCCUUACAACUUGGAUUCAUUCUACAAUUCAGUUAAAGAUGUCAAAAUUCCUUUUGAAAACUUUUUUGAGCUGAUAGAAGACUUUCAUGAAGUAGAAUAUAAAUCUCCUGAAAAAUUCGAAUUUAAAAAAAUUUAAGGAUUCUAUCUUGAGAACUUUGGAGAAUAUUUAUCACUUAUAAUCACUAUUUUGAUGACUAAUUUUAUUGUCUACUUAAUUGAAAUGGGACUGAGAAUAAAGCCUGUGUGGUAAAAGUACAUUAACCUCGUUAGAACAAAAGUGUUCACAUUUAAUAUUUACUUUGAAUUCUUAUUUGUAAUUUACAUAGAGUUAGCAAUUGCAAUUGUUUUGUAAGUUUAGCAAUUUUAAUAUAAUCACCACGUAGCUGAAAUAGUAAAUUAUAUUUUGCUAUCUAUUGGAAUAAUCAUAUCGUUAAUUCCAAUUGCUUUAAUUUAUCUAAUUUACAAUAAAAAACUGACAAAUUAAAUACAUUCGAUAUCUGAUAAUUCUAGCUUUCAGUACUAUUAUCCUAUAUAAUAUAUUAGAAAAUACUAUUACUCUAUUGUAAUUGGUGGAUUUGGAUUUUCUCCUUUUGUCUAAUUAAUAUGUUUAAAUGUUUGGAAUCUUUUUAUGCUUUGCUUAGUUAUAAAAACAAAGCCAAACAAACAUAAAUCUUAUAAUUACAGAGAUAUAAUUUCCAGCUUUUUUUUCCUCACAAGUACUUCCCUCUUAUUUUUAUUCAUGGUACCUAAGUUUAGUAAUGAAGAAUCUCAAAUGUUGCUGGGUUGGAUUGUAAUAGGUAAUUUAAUAUUUAUAAUCAUGCUUGAGCUAGGAUUUUUCGUUAAAGAAGUAUUAACCAAGGUAUUUUAGCUUUUAAAGCAUGCUAAAGAAAAACUUUAAAAGAGAGAAAACUAAAUAGCUUUAAAUAAAGUAGUACCUAUGUCUCCUACCACUACGAAAUAAGAAAAUCAAAAUAUUUGUGAAGAUAGCCUAUAAAAGGAUUAAAUGGAAGAGGUCAAAUUAAACAAUAAAAAACCUCCUCUUAGUAGACCAGGAUUAAAGAGACCAAUGAAUGUUUCAAUAAAAUAACAAAACUCAAACUCAACUCACGAUGCUGUUGAAAGAUAAGAAAUUAGUGUGCUUAAUGAGUCUCCAACUAAAACUUAAAGGCCCUCCCCUCUCCCUUCUAGCUCAAAUCUUAGAGGAAACAGCUCUACUUUUAACUUAAUACCUAGCAACUUUUAAAAAAGUUCUUCUUCCUUAAAGCCACCAUCAUUUUAAUUUGAUAGAAAAUCUAGCGAGCAGUAAAGUGAAGAUUUUAGAGCUCAAGGUCAGGAAAGCUAAAAUAUGUAAGGGUUAUAGAAUAUAAUAGAUAAGGAUAUUGCAAGCUCAGAAAGAGUUUUAAUGGCCUCUCCAGAAUCUAAAUUAAGAAGUUUAACUCUCAAAAAUGUAGAUAAAUCAGUAAGUGGUAUUGAAAAUGGAUUAGAGUACAUUCCAAUCAUUCAAAGUUCUGAAAUACUUAAAAAUUUUGUCUAAGACUAGCAGCCAUCUGAUAGAAAAAGAAUUGAAAAGCCACAAUUUAGUAAAGCUAAUAAGAAUGGACAUAGAAGAGUAAUGGAAAAAUUAAAAUCUUUUCAUGUAAAUUUCAAAGAUGAAAAAUGA